AAUUACAAUACUUGAUAAUAAAUAUAUGUAGUCCAUGUUUGUUGUCACUCCUAUCGGAUACCAAUAAACUGUCAUUUUUAUACUGGAUUUAUUUUUUUAAAUUUGAAAAUAAGUUGUACAUAUUUUUAAAUUAUUAAUUAGUGCGCUAAUUAUUUAAAUCUAGACUAGUUUCAUACUUAUCAUUUAUUUAUUUAAAAUUAUAAGUGAAAUGUAUGAGCCAGUAUCUGCAAAACGGUUCAAAAAUAAUAAUAAUAAUAAUACUAAUAAUAAUAAUAAUAAUAAUAAUAAUAAUAAUAAUAAUAAUAAUAAUAAUAAUAAUAAUAAUAAUAAUAAUAGUAAUCAAAUGCCAUUAGAUUUUAGUUUCAAAUCAUUAUCAACUUGUAAAGCAGAAUCAUUAGCAACUGAUCAAGCAACGGAAUGUUUGAAUUACGAUGACAAGCAAUCAGAAGAUGACGUCGUUGAUGACAACAAUUUUUUUGCUUCCGCGAACAUCGCAAAUAAAUUAUUAGCUCUAGAGUACGAAUUGACCAAGAGAAUUGAACUGAUAACUUUUGAUCCACCGGUCGAGUACGUCUACAGUCCCAUUGACUACGCGAUAUCUGUCCAUUCAAAUUUCCUGCAGAAAUACUGCCAGACAACUAAGAAAAUUCUGUUUCUUGCAAUGAAUCCCGGGCCCUGGGGAAUGUCGCAGACUGGGAUACCCUUUGGUGAAAUAAACGCGGUGGUAAAUUGGCUUAAACUUUCAGGUUUCAUUGAAAAACCUCUGAGAGAACAACCGAAUAGAAAAGUAACCGGGUUCGCUUGCCAUCGGAGUGAAAUAAGUGGCCGUAGAUUUUGGAAUUUAUUUAAAAGUAUCAGCGGUAGUCCGGAUAAUUUUUUUAAAUAUUCUUUCCUUCGUAAUUAUUGUCCCGUAGCUCUGAUGGAUUCUGCUGGUCGGAAUAUAUCUCCUGCAGAGCUGAAGGGCUCGAAGUUAAAAGAACUGAGAGAUACCUGCGAUUUAACUUUGCUGGCAGUCUUGAAGCUUUUGGAAGUCGAAAAAAUAGUCGGGAUUGGGAGAUUUGCUGAGCAGAGAGCAAAAAAUAUUGUAAAAACUGCUGGCUUGCCUAUCAGAAUUUUUUGGAUGCCGCACCCGAGUCCCAGGUCGACUGCCAACGAAAACUGGAGCGAGAAAGCCAUCAAGACAUUGAACGAACUAGAUUUACUCAAAUAUUUUGUUCAAUCAGACACUGAGAACCUGACGGACUGAAUUAUU